AUGUAUUUGGCACACGAUGAAUUGCAAAAGCGGUUCUUGCUAGCGUUCCUCAAGUCGAGGCUGUUCCUCAAGAUAGUCCAGUUCGCAUCGACAGCCUUGACUGCUGCUUGCACGAUAUGGACGGACUCGGUGGAAUCUUCGGCUGCCAAAGCGGCGUGCUACGCUGCGCCGAUCGUAGCGGUGAUCGCGUCGGGACUCAACUUCUUUGAUACCGGUACCAUGGCGCCUAACACGGUGGUGCCGCAGACGUUUCCUCUCUCUGCUAUGCAAGGCGUCCGGGUGCACGGCAACAUGCGCGGCCUCGUGAGGCGCGACAUUCACGAUAAGUACGGUGAACCGGAAUACUAUCUCAGCCAUUUUACCAACGGUCAACACGGGAACCAUACUACGGUGACGGCAAUUUUGCCAGCCGCCGGCGGGUGGAAGAUCCUGUCGACAGUCCACUUGACCAACGAGCACUUGCAUCCAGAUGAUCUAGAACGAUGGCACAUGGCUCGAGACUGCACCGCCGACGCAGCUGUCGUCGACGAUAACUACGGUGACGGAGAUGUCUCCGAGUGCUCUCCUGCUUUGAAGCACAAAUUUAUCUCCAACAUCGCAUACAAUGCCCAAGACCCCACCAACCUCAAGUAUAACGCCCAGAACUUCGAUGGCUACCAUGCUAGCAGUGAUGACUUGGUGGACUAUGCCAAUGAUGUAGCUAACAUGAUGGGAGAGCAGAACGCCAACUACAUCUGCUCCUGCGCCGAGACGGACGCGCAGAAGGCGUCUUUCAUCCAGUCGGUGAUAUACUCUACCCAAGCGAGUGUAGAUUGGACUGACGACCAAUGCGUAUAUCCAGCGUACAAGAACCCCGUACAGACGUGCGAAGCGGCUGGGUACAUCGAGGUCACGAAUGCUCAACAUGCGGAGUAUGCACAAGUUUCGGCUCGUCAGAUCCGGGAACCUGAGGAGUCGCAACAAGCUCAACGUCUGGCAACGGCAUUUGGAUCUAGCCAAGUGGCACGGUUGGAACACCGAGCCAGUGACACGCAGAUUACGGAUAGCGACUCUUGA